CAUAAACAUAUACAUAAACACGCGGAUUCGUAACAGUUAUACAAACAUACACCUAUACCUCUCAAAUUCAAGAUAAAAACAUCAGAUAUGUAUUCACCGCUAUGUCUAACACAGGAUGAAUUCCAUCCUUUCAUCGAAGCUCUUCUGCCCCACGUGCGAGCGUUUGCCUACACUUGGUUCAACUUGCAGGCUCGCAAGAGAAAGUACUUUAAGAAGCACGAGAAACGCAUGUCUAAGGAAGAAGAGCGGGCAGUGAAGGACGAACUGCUUAGCGAGAAGCCCGAGGUCAAACAAAAGUGGGCAUCACGGCUACUGGCCAAACUCCGUAAGGACAUCCGGCCGGAGUUCCGUGAGGAUUUUGUGCUCACCGUAACGGGAAAGAAGCCCCCUUGCUGCGUGCUGUCCAACCCUGACCAGAAGGGCAAGAUGAGGAGAAUCGACUGCUUGCGCCAAGCGGACAAAGUGUGGCGUUUGGACCUGGUCAUGGUGAUUUUAUUCAAAGGUGUUCCGCUUGAAAGUACUGAUGGCGAAAGGCUGGUAAAGUCCCCACAGUGCUCAAACCCAGGGUUGUGUGUGCAGCCCCAUCACAUAGGAGUUUCAGUAAAGGAGCUCGACUUGUACUUGGCCUACUUUGUUCAUGCAGAUGCAGGCCAGUCCGAAAGUCCGAACCAGCCCAGUGAAGCGGACAUUAAGGAGCAGCCUGAAAAUGGACACCUGGGCUUCCAAGACAGUUUUGUCACAUCAGGUGUCUUCACCGUCUCAGAGCUUGUGCGAGUUUCACAGACCCCCAUAGCAGCAGGGACGGGGCCAAACUUCUCGCUGGCAGAUUUGGACAGCUCUUCGUACUACAGCAUGAGUCCAGGGGCCAUGCGGCGGCCACUACCCAGCACUUCCUCCAGCAGCUCCGCGAAGCGUAUCAAAUGUAUCGAAGACGAGGUGGACAGUCCGGGAGAGGAGUCCUACUAUCCUGGCCAGGGCCGUUCGCCGGGCAGUGGCAGCCAAGCCAGCAGUUGGCACGAAGUGGAACCAGCUGGAUAUAAACUGCGUGGCUCGCUAGCUAGUUCGUUCAUCUCAAGACAAGGGAUGCCAUCGCCUACCACUUUAAAGAAGUCAGAGAAGUCUGGUUUCAGCAGCCCCGUGCCUUCGCAGACAUCCUCCCCCCGAACGGCAUUCACACACCAUCAUCGGCCUGUCAUUACAGGACCCAGAGCGAGUCCACACGCCACGCCGUCGAGCCUCCAUUUCCCGACGUCGCCAAUCAUCCAGCAGCCGGGCUCCUACUUCUCCCACCCUGCCAUUCGCUACCACCCCCAGGAGACGCUCAAGGAGUUUGUCCAACUUGUCUGCCCCGACAGUGGUCAGCAAGCUGGACAGGUGGGCUUCCUUAAUCCCAAUGGGAGCAGUCAGGGGAAGGUGCACAACCCAUUCCUGCCCACCCCGAUGCUGCCCCCUCCGCCCCCACCACCCAUGGCGCGACCUGUGCCCCUGCCCGUGCCAGACUCCAAACCCCCAGCCACUUCAACCGAAGGAGGGGGCAACUCGCCCACCUCUCCAAGUGAGUACCCACACUAUCACUUGGUUACUUCCUACUCCACACCGAGCACGUCCCCCGCCCAGCGCUUUGUCAGCGUGGGCCCCAGAGACCCCAGCUUUGUAAAUAUCCCUCAGCAGCCUCAGUGGUACCUGGGCUAAAGACUCCAGAUUUGGGCCGCCCACUUGAGAGCUCCCUCAACCCCUACUGUUACCCCUGAGUGGGACUUGCAAACAUGUCCACCUGUCUGUCAGAGAGAAGCCUCACGCUGCCCCCACCCCCACCCCACCCCCCCCCCAAACCUGCACCUGACAGACUUUCAGCAUGGCUACAGCAGAUCCCCUGCCCUGCCCUGGAACAAGAGGAAUCAACUCCAUGCUUACAUACACAU